GCCGUGCGGAGCGAUGGCCUCCGUGGCAGCGACGACCUCCCCCGAGCCUCCGGGGCUGCGUGCGGCAGCAAGCCGGGCUGUGUGCGCCGGGAGCCCGCCGCAGAGGCUGCAGAGGCUGCCCGCGGUGCCCGGUGCCGUCCCGGGGCGAGUCAACGACCUGCUGCUCCUGCGGCCCGACGCGGACCCCCGGGGGGUCGCGCAGGGCGGGAGCGGCCACGUCGUGUUCUUCCACGGGGACAUUCAGAACUUCCAGGAGGAGAUGGCCGUGCAGCCCGAGGGAGCCCAGUGGCUGACCUGGAGUCUGGAGCAGGUGGCCUCCACGCUUGGCCGACGUUUCCCCGGCCAACAUGUCUGGGUGGUCCGGGCCUCGCGCAUGUACCUGCACAAGUUCAGCUGCUACCGCAACUUUGUGGAGAGCAACAUGUUCGGGGCACCGGAGUACUCGCGCGACUUCGGAGCGUUUCCACAUCUCAGGUCGCUGCUGAGCCAUGGCAUGAAGCAAGCCAACCUACCAAACCCCCUCCCACCACAGGGAGGCGCUGACGGCAUCCCCUCAGGUUUCUCACUGACGCUAGUGGGCUUCAGCAAAGGCUGCGUGGUGCUGAACCAGAUGGCGUACGAGCUGGACCGGGCCCGCGCCGACCCGCAGGUGGCCCCUUUUGUCGACUGCGUCUCGGCCAUGUACUGGCUGGACGGGGGACACCCGGGGGGCAGUGAGACCUGGGUGACAGACAGGCAGGUGCUGAGGGACCUCGCCGCCAGCGGCGUGUCGAUCCACGCCCACGUGACCCCAUACGAGGUGCGCGACCCCAUGCGGGCCUGGGUGGGCCGCGAGCACAGACACUUCAUCAGAACCCUGGAGGAGCUGGGGGCCCGUCCCAGUCAGAAGCUGCACUUUGAGGACGAGCCGCCCUCCAUCGAGAACCACUUCAGGGUCAUUCAGGAGUUCUGAGUGUGGCUGAGAGGCCGUGAGCACACGCACGCGCGCGCACACACAAACACAAACACACACACAGCUUUGUAUUUCCUGUCUAAUGCUUCAUACACUUCACCUGAAGAGGAACGAUCAGAUAACUUUCUUCCUUCUCUAAAGAACACGCAGGUGUGAAAACAGAAGUAGAAUGACCGCUUCUGGUGCGGAAUGUUGAUGCAUGAUGAGUAUUGAUGGAUACAUAUUUCAUAAUGAUAAUUAUUGAAAACAUGUGAACGGUGGAAGCCUUCAGCUCAGCCCUACCUCCUCCUGCUGCAUCCUGCUCUAAGAUAAAUGUGAGCUUUGACCUCUGACAUUGCUGCAGCUGUGGAAUCAGAAACAUGAAUGUGUUUUAUGUUGCUCCUGGUUCAGGUGUCAGUCGGAAGUGGAGCAGCUGUUUCUCCUCGUACCUGCACUUGUGUUGAGACACUUUGGACACGUGAAUGUCAGUGGGUCACGAUUGUAUAAGAACUGUUAGUCAGAGGUUAGAAACACUUCUGUGUGAAUCAGCUUUAUUUUGGUCCCUGAUCUCUUCUGCUCAUUAUCAUAACACUGAACUCACAUUGAAGCAGUUGAUGUAAUCUCUUCCCUUUAGGUCCAUUUAGUAGUGGAUCAUCGGGAUCUUUUGACCACAUCACAUGACCUUCUGUCAGCCAAUUCGAUUCCACACACUUCAACGUUAUGACAACAUUGCCGACAUAUAUGCUGGGUUCAUGAUGCAAACCUGUUUUGUUUCUUUAUGAAUAUGAACUAAUGUUAAGGAGUACAGUCGUUUACACUCAAACUACAGAAUGCCUUUCCAUGGGUCAAUAAAUAACCCAUUACAUUUUGGCGCAGGUCCAGGAAUUUUUUUAUUGCUUUUUGUAACAUUUUCGCAGAUUUCCGAGGGAAUUAAUCAUGGAUCUUGAUGGGAAAAAAGCAUAUGUAGGUUACUGAUAUGUAUGAGUGUGUGUGAUUCAGCUAUGAGCCAUUCUUUUGUUUUUGAUCAGAUUUAGUUUUUAUCACAACACAACCAAAUGACCUUCAUAAAUAAAUUAUAACCUGACAAACUAACGUUUAGUUAAAAUGACAAGUUGUAGUAACAAGGUCAUAUAGUCUCACAAUCAUUGAAAUGUUUAUAUAUAUGUAGUAAUGUACAUUAUAUGAAAUGAAACAUACUUUAGUUUCAGAUUUGUUUAGACUGCACAGCUGAUGACGUGUCUGUGUUGCAGCAUGUCUUAAUCUGCAUGUGUAUGACGCUGACGCUGCAGCUCAUCCUGCUGAACAUAACGUCAGAUCAUUCCAUUAUGUUUACGACUCGCUGUGUAUGAAGGGAAGGUCGUUCACCUGCUGCACUGUUCUCUGAACACAGACUGUAUAUAAAAAUGCUCUGAAUCACCUGCCCGCUGACUUUGUCCUGUUCAGUGUGCAUCACACAGCAGUGUGGAGAAUAAAAUAAAGAAUUGAAACCAAAAA